AUGGCUACGAGGCCCCUGCGGGCCCCUGGGGGCCUCAUCAGCACCGACCAGCUCCGCGCCCCCGGAGGGGAAGAGGCAUGUUGUUCCAGUCCGGUCCUGUCCGCUCUGAUGGAUGGGAGAACAUUUUCCUCCUCCGCCUCUGAGAUGGAUGAGCUCUGUCUCCAGAUCAGAAACGAGGAGUUAUUACGCAGAUUUCUCCCGCUGAUAAAUGUUCACGGUACGAGUGAAAAAGGGUCAGUCAUGACUUCAGGUUUAUACAAAUGAAUUUAACACUGAAUCAUGUGUAAUUCCACUAAAGGAGAAGUUUACCUUCAAUUCUCCCAGAACGAGUAAGAGCCUUCGCCAAACCUCUCUGAUACCGACCCGAUCCUUUCAGCACCGCGUCACGUGUUACCGGCACAUCAUGGGUUAAAAAUCGACUGUCAUGAAUCGGAGACCAGGUCUUUUAAUACUUGAUUUAAUUAGAAAAAUGAUUGAUUCAUUUGGCAUAAAAACAACUUAAAGGUGCAGUAAGUAAAAAUUAGAGGACGGCUGAUUCAUGAUGAUGACAUUAAAAUAUGUUUCUCGUAUGAUCACAAUAUUUCCUGAAGUUACUCUAAAGGAUUUAAACUAUAGAAAUGUUCGACCUCUGACCUGCACCCUCAGUUCCUCCUUCCCCAUGAUACAGAGAUUAUCCUGCAGCUCCUCUGCUGAGGUGUUAGACUAUUGUAAUGCGCUUCAUGUUGGCAUCUCCCAAUCAUCUCUUACUCACCUUCAACUUGUCCAAAAUGCUGCUGCUGCCCGUCUUUUAACCAACACUAACAGACGUGAGAACACCACUCCUCUCCUCAGCUUCCCGUCUCUUUUAGGAUUGAUUUUAAACUUUUAAUGUUUGUUUUUAAAGCUCUUAACGGCCUCACCUCCAUCUAUUUAACCGAGAUUUUAACCGUUCGGGAGCCGAGUAGAGCUCGAAGGUCGUCAAACCAACUUCUGCUGGAGGGUCAAAACACAAACACUAGUGUGAACGAGACUUUUCAGUCGCUGGUCCCAAACUCUGGAAUAAACUCCCCAUUGAAAUGAGACCUUUUUCAGACCUGGGCCUUUUUAAAUCUCAAUUAAAAACGUAUGUAUUUAUGAUGCCUUCUAAUACCCAGUUGCGUGGUGACACUUUAUUUUAUUGCAUUAUAUCUUAUUCUUUUUUAUUGCUUUUAUUUAUUCAUUUUAACUAUGUAUUGUAAAGCACUUUAGUUCACUAAAAGGGUUGUUGUAAGGGCUGGAUAAAUAAAGAACAUUAACAUUUACAUUCAGCUGGUCCGUAUGUUUCUCUUGACAAAGAUCCCUCAGACUCUAUGCAGGGUUUAGCUCAGGCCAGUCAAACACAGCGGUCACCAAAUGAUUCGGUUGAGAAUUUGGCGCAGUGGGCAGGUGCCAAAUCAGCAUCUCCAUGAAGCUUCUCAGCAGAUGGAGGCACGACGGUCUUGUGAAGCUAACCCUGACCCUGGAGGAACUGCAGGUUUUAUUUUGGAGGUUCAUCCAGAGGAGAAAGGAUGGUGGAUGGAUCUGAAAACUGGGGGCCAAACUGGUGCUUCAGCAUCGGCUUCUUUUUUAACGUUCAGGGUACCAACACUCGUCCCAGAGUUCGUUCAGUCGUUAUCAACAAAGUGACAGAGGUUUUGCAACACAAAUGAAAUCUCCUGCUCCUUAAAAUCUGUUGCAUCAGGUUCGAUUGGAUUAGAAAGGAUUAAUUUCAGUCUUCUUGUCUUUUUUGUCUCAAUCCCAGGCUCUGCAGUCUUAACACCAGCUUCUGCCUGGGCUGAGCUUGUUAGCUGACAAGAUACAUCAUGCAAAUCAGAUGGUCUGAGUCCCUCAAUGCUGAGCUGGAUCUAAACCUGCCCCCUAAACUGGACUCUGGGAAGAAACUUCACCCUCCUUCUGACUUCAUUUCACUGCAGUCAUCAUGAUAAAAACAUGUGUACAGGUGUGAGGUGACCACAGCUGUCUGCACAGUUUCAGUUUCGGUGAAGAAAUGUGACCCCAGACUGAAAUGAUUCACAGCCAAGAUCCAUGAAAAGAUCAGCGACUUAACACCCUGCUGUCCCCGAAAGAGAGGGAUAAGAUCUGGACAUGAUGUGUGUGUCCGAGUGUGUGUGUGUGAGAGAGCGUGCAGACGUUCUAAUUGGAGACAGGUGAAUAAUUGGUGGAUUAAGGCACCGCCCUCGGUCUGGAUUGGCUGGGUGUGGAGGAAUAAAGUUAAGUGUGAUUACCUCGUCAUUACACACAUAAAUACCCCCGCAGUGUGUUUAGGCUUAUCCACAUUAUGACUGAUUCCUCCUGAUUCCUUUGUCAGACUGUCAGACAGCCGAACGCCGGUCGCUAGGCAACGCAACAACAAGCAGCUUUUAACUCCAUUCAUCAAAUGGGAUCAGCGUGGCUCUCAGAGGACGCUGCAGUCUGAGAAAAUAUCUCUGAAAUGCAAACUUUCUCCCCUUUCUGCAUGAGACCAGAUGUCCGACAAACAUGACGGAGAAUCUGCAGACCGCACGCAGGUGAGACGUCACCUGUGAGAACCAAUAUUAAAAAGGAGAUGAAGUGAAGGAGAUCAGGGCUCAGACGUAAACACAACCCGAUGGAGAUGCUGCACGCUCACAUGACUCACAAUAACCCCACACUUCCUUUUUUCUUCUACCCAAACAAACCCCAGGAAGUAAACGCUUUGCGCCUCAAAGUGCAGAAGAAGAACAACAGUUGAGUCUGCAGCCGAAGAGACACAGAUGUGACCCGAGAACGAUCAUUUUCUCUGUUUUCAUCCCCGUUUUUGAGUCAGACAUAAAUAAACACAAAACAACAAAAGAGCAGAGAGAAAUAUGAUUUUAUGAGACGAGUUAACAGCAGACAACAGACGAGCACCACUUUUAGCUUCAUUGUUAGCAGCAAAACCACAUUACAUAACUGACUUUUUUUGACUGCGACCUUUAGUGCACGGCAUUAUGAUUAAAGUAAGAAAACAGACACUUUAUGCGUUUUAAUCUGCACAGAAGUCUCCUGAAUAAUGCUCUGCACUAUAACUGUACAUCUGCAAACCUAAACUGCUUCUCACUGUCCACAAAAGGUGUGUUCAAUUAGUUAAAAGGCUUAUUUAUGUACGAAAAUAGACCUGUGAGGUUAAACGGUGCCUCAGUUAUGCAUGUGUUGCACUGGAAGCUUUACUGCCCCCAUAGAUUUUAGGUGGUACUACAACAUUUGGACCUGACAGCAUGUUUGCAGAGAAAGUGCAGAAAUAUAGAGGAGAUGCACGCAGAUAACUUUGUACCUGUACACAUAAACCAUAAAGGAGUUUAACAUCCUUCAACGUUUCCUUGUGGUUCAUUUUUUUUCGCAUAAGAAAUGAUAUAAAACCUAAAGAAAUACAUGCAAAUUCUUUCAACGCCUUAAAAAUUAUAACAAAAGCAACAGAGCUCACAAACGGACUUCCUUUAGCUUUUCUUGAAAUUAAGACGUGGCUAUCAAAAGGACCAAAAACCAGGACUGCAGACUGGUUUUUGGAGAAGUUCUUGGUGCAAAUGUAGUGAGCUGAGAGUAUUUUACAGCUCAGCAACAAUACUGGAUGAAGGUAUCACUGCUCUACCAAAAGAAACAUAAUUUCAAAAUAAAAGCACAAGUCUUGAUCAUCCACUCCUGAGUCUAAAGGUCGUGUUCACGCCAGAAGAUUUGUUUUCUGAUAAGAACCAAAGCGAGGAUGGUACAUUGAUGCAAUUUCUCAUCUGGUUCGGUCCGUAUUCACGAAGGCCGAACUCAAACGGUCGAAAAGUUGUCACCUGGCAGCAGGAGUCAUUUGGUGAUUGCUCAUACAGUUUUGGCAAGUAGACGACAAAUCCCUCGCAUUUUUUCUGUACAUCAUGGAGCAUUGCCUUUUCAUUUUUAUGUUGGCGCUGAUCUGGACUGAAUAUCACAAAAAUUUAACCGACUGCACAUAUGGAUGGCUGGGAAGACUGCGGCAAUUAAAUAAUGUAUUAAUACGCACACAUCCCAGGAGACGCUCUCCAAUCGGACGGUCAAAUCACAGAUGACGACGAGCAAUAAUGAGAGCCUACCUCCAUGUUUUUUCGAGCCGCGCCUCCUGUGAUUGGUGGGGGUGGGGUUCACACCAGAAGUAAAACACUCUAGGACUAAAGAAGGCUGGUGUGAACGCAACCAGAUUUACUGAGCUGUCAUGUGUUUGUACAGAAGCUUACAUUUAAAAACACUCAUCUCAAUCCUCCUGCUGCUAAUAUUCUUAAAAAAAAAAAAAGGCGAAAACUCUAAAACUUUAGUCUCUUACUCUUAUUUUGAAACCUUCAUGUUGUCUCCUCCUGAUUAUUUUUCAGUCCAUCUGCUGCUAACCCGACAGACUUUCGUUUAAGAGCAGCAGAAAUGAACGUUUUAUUUCAAUGAUUUUCAUUUGGAGUGAAACCUGACUAUUGUGGUUUGAGCAGUAGUUAGCGCUGGAGCCAUUUGUUGACCGACCACCAGCGGGGGCUGCGACCUCUCAAACCCACAGCGCUGUGAAGAGAUUUUGUGGGUACUCCAAUAUCAGGGUUCAUCAGGAGGCACAUUUUUCACACAAUCUUUGUAAAAACGGAACAAUGAAUACAUUUUUCUGAUUAUUUAUUUUUGCAGAGUCCAGAGGAGCCAUGUGAUUGAAUUUGGGGAUUAUUUUUCAAAACGCAGAGAGCCAACAGCAAGCUCCCCGGCCCGAGCUGGACGGGACUCAACUGAGAGUUUUCUACAGGACUGAGAACAAGCAGGAAAACUGCAAAGGAUGGACAGCAAAGAUAAUCGAUCAGAAAUACUGUGACAGUGCUGUAAAACAGAUACGCAAAUUUAGACAGACGCGCAAAAACUCAAAACUGAAGAAGCAGAUCCAGACUGUCCUCUCUGUGAGGCAGGUGAUAAAACAUCCACAAACAAUAGUGGUGCAAUAAUGUCUGAGCAGCGACUUCAGUGACAUAUUUUCAGUGAAAUAUUUGAUGCUUUUGUAGAAAAAUAAACUCAAAGUGCAGCAGAUCAGGGUCGAUGCUGAUUCUGAAUCUGAUUCUCAACACAACACCUGAGCAAACUGCUGCAGACACAGAGCUGCAGAACUGUGUGAGUGAUGCAGAGUUGUUGGUGCGAUUCCGGCUGCUGUCUGUUGUUUGUGCAUCAGGUCCUGAUUUUUCUCUCAAAGACGAGACGCUGAAAACACGCAGAACGCAGAAAACAAAGAAACGUUCCUGCGUUCAGAGAAACCCUGUCUGAGUGUUUGAUGUCAGCGUGGAGAGAAAAACACAGUCCUGUGUUUGUUUCUGGCUCGUUGCCACAGAUACCUCUACCUCCAGUGUCACUGUAAUACACACACACACACACACACACACACACACACACACACACACUUCAGCUUCAUUCAUCACACACCCACUUCUCUCCAAAGCGUGACAGGACUGGAUCUGCCUGAGAUGACAGACUCACCUUUCAACACACUGUGUGUUUACAACAAUAGAUAAUAACACAAUAGCAGCACAUGGUACUGUCAACACAGAGAGAGAGAGAGAGAGAGAGAGAGAGAGAGAGAGAGAGAGAGAGAGAGAGAGAGAGAGAGAGAGAGAGAGAGACUUCCAGAAAAACGGUCCUCAGCGUUUGAAGAUGGUUAAGGAACAAAAAUCCAGAUUAAACACGUCUGCAGAUUUAUUUCUUUAUUUAUACCCUUUUAGACUCAUCAGGUAUCUUUAUCAAUGAGCUGAAUCUUGUGUUAACGCCAUACGUUGAAGAGGUGCAGCUGUCUUGAAACAUCAGGAUUCAGGAGCUUAUUUCAGCUGAGCGGCACAGAGACAGAAGGAGAUCACACAAGAUCAAACAUUUCCUGCAGCCUUAUGAUAUUCAAUAAUUAACACAGCUGACCUGCAGCCAGUCUGAUCAAUAACUACUUUUUUUCCAGCAAGAGUUCAGAAAAGGCUCGAAUAAAGACCAUCGCAUUAAAAUAACUUCAAAGUAAGAGCAUUAAAGAAGAAAUCAAAGAUCUGCUUUUGUUUUGAAAAGCAUUUUUCAAGUCUGACUAUGGUCGGUUAUGUUUUACAUGUUGAUCACCUUUUUUCGAGGAUCUACAGGCCUGUCUGUCUGUCCUUCUGAGGCCAUCAGACCAUUAACAUGCUUCCUGCACAGAUCACAGUCUGCUGCAGAAACAGAAGCAGGAUCAGGGUUUAUGGAACCAGAACCAGCCCCUCAGGUGGAAAAGCAUCACCUGAGAACAUCCUGCUCUGUUAUUCCUGCUUUAACCCUCGUUGUGAUGUUUGUAAAGAAGAGGACUUCACCUCUCCUCUGAGGAGGUGGAGGAUGUUUUUCGGGGGGUAGAUCUUCAGAUGGAUGAAGGUAUCAGGACGUAUCAGCCUGGAUUAGUCUGGAUCGCUCCCAGACAGAUAAUGAGGGGAGUUGGUCGAUCGGUGUGUUAACACACCACACUCCAAAAACAUACCAACACACACAUUCCUCACAUAACUCUGAAUGACAGAAUGAAAUACACACCAUGCUCUCAGCGUGUGUGUUUGUGUUUAUGUGUGAGUAUGUGUGUGUGUGUGUGUCAUCCUCUAAGUAUUACCUGGCUGUAUUUGAGGUGGGCGGGGCUAAGGGAUGGGGGGACUAAACACACCUUAUGCGCCGAGUUUACAUUCCUGACAUGGAGAGUCACUGAGAGCCACGUGACAAACACUGACACACACACACACACACACACACACACACACACACACACGCUCAUUAUCUGACUCCCUGCCAGUUUGUUGGUCUUUUUUCGCUCUUUUCAGGACCGUAUAUGAAGCUCUCUCUCUUCUUUAGAGCUCUUCAAAGUUCACCACAACCCCAAAUUUACUUCUCUGGCUCCUCCGCUCCAUCAUGUAAAUAUUCUGCAUGUCAGCUGCUUCAUUUUUAAACAUAUUUCAGUCUGAGGGCUGAGAAUAUCGAGGAGGGUUUGAAUAAAGCUUUGUGGUUUUGAACAAUGCCAGAGUUUGGAAUAAUGGAGCCGCUAAAGUGAGGGUCUGUGGUCAGAGAGUGGAGGAGGUUAAAACACUGAUGGAUGGAGCAGAAGUCAAUGAACGAUACAGAAACAUCCAAACUUUACAGGCUGUGACCGAGUUUCCAGAGUCAGUAAUGAACUCAUAACAAAAUCAGAUUAAUUAUCUGACAGGUAAUGAUGGAUAUGAGUUUCAUCAGUGUGCAUAACUUAACGUCGUAUAAACACGGUGCAUGAUUUAUUUCUAAACUGACUUGUCGAGAAAGCUUCACCGUCAGUAGCUGUGUUUACACGGGCACAAAUAAUCGGAAUAAAGGUCUGAUCAGGAUAAAAAUGCGUCAUGUAAACAUGUCAAUCAGAAGAUUCUGAUCCAAUUCGGCUCAAUCAGAAAGAAAUCGUAUUCCGAUCAAGAGAAGUGGUUUAUGCCGAUCGUUAUUCCAAAACGCUUUCAUGUAAACAUUUAUUCUGAUCGUGACUCUCUCGUCUGACUCGAUCUUCACUCGUUUCAUUAUUAACACUGAACAGUGGAUUCAGAUUUUCUGAUCCCUCAAAUUUUUAAUCGGAUCAAGAAAUUUUGCAAACAUGUAAACAUGGCGACUGAAAAUCUAACCCACUAACAAACAGGAGAGUGUUUUUCUCCUCUGAUUGGUGACGGUAAGUGUAAACAAACAAACAAAAGGUAUGUCUUAAGUUACAACUUAACUCGUUUCAACGCAGAGUUUAGUGUGGACAUACUCAACGUUCCCUCCUGCAGCAUUUUAAGACACUCUGUAAACAGGAAGUUAAAUGAAUGAUGUGAACGGAUCACAGAACAAAGAUUGGAGCUCCGAGGAUUUUUCACAUGAACAGAAUUACAGAAAUAAGAGAGAAGCAAGUUGAGGACAAUCUGCAUCUGAUUUAUCAAAGUUUCCUUGACAAAUUCAUGCUUUGGCAAGAGUCGGGUCUUCACCAAAGUGGGUGGAGAUGCUCAUGAUUCUUUAUCUGAGUGGCCCAGGCUCCUCCCAAAACUCUCUUUCAUCGCCAUAUUUCUGCACAGUGUGACUUUAAGCUCAUCUAAAAACACGUUUUACAAUCUGCAGUGUUAUUUCACCCACUUGAGGGUGGAUUUCCACGUCAGAAACUCAGUGUCCUGUUAUUCUUACUCAUAAAUGAAGGGAAAGACUUCACCGUGGGGGCUUUUCCAGUCCUGGUAGUACCUCUUUAAAACCUUUAGGCAAUCUGUGAUUGAUUGGAAACCAAAUUAGUGAUAAGUCACGGCAGAAAUCAUGACUUUUUAACCCUCUUUACCCUUUAAUCUGAGUCAGUCACACUCCAAGACUGAAUGCAGGGUUUGUUUAGAGGUUGAUGGGGGUAGAUGUCCACACUGGGAUCAAUAUCCUCCACUAAUGUAGAAGCUUUGUCAUGUUUUCUUCUUCUGAUCUUCUAUGACUCGGUUUUUCCUCCAUGAUACAGAAAGUGUAUGAAGUUUGUGAGGCCUGAGGCUGAACUGCAGCAGUUCCCAUCCAUAACUCAGAGUCUGGAGAGUGUCAGCGGGACAGACGAGCUCUCUGUGUGUUUGAGACAAACAUUCCUCUACUGUCAGUUUCCCUUCAGGCGGCUGCAGUGAAGUUCAUCCAACCUCAGGAAUCUUAUCAGUGUCAGAUCCCCUGCAGAGCCCGUAUCUUCUGUAAGCCUCCUUUCUCCACAUCGUUAACGUGAUAAACACAAAAACACUCACUGCACUCGGCCAACAACUCCACACAUACAUCAUAAUAAAAAAAGCUGUGAAAACGACUUCACUUAUAGUCAAUUAACCAUGGUUUUACUAGAGCAUGUAUGUUUAUUCAUGUAUAUGAUGAUGUUUAUAUCUGGUUUAACCUGCGUUCACACACAAGAAGGAUUUUAGCUGCAAUUUUAACAGUGAUGCAGUGAUCAUGUCUGUUGUUAAUGUGGUGCCAUCAGAUUUCUCCAUAUUCUGAGGACUGAAUCUGGAGGACACAACAACAUCACACUGAACCAGUUAGGCCAUCAGACAGGGUUUAAUGAAGUUCAGGCAAAGGUCGGGACACAGAAAGGCAGUCAGGUCAGGCAGAUGGAUCAAAAACGAGAGGAAAUACACGGCUUGAUAAUAACUAUGAAUAAAUGCUGGAAUGAGACAAGAAGUGAAACAAACUGCAAGAAGACAGUAGCUACGUUUACAUGGAGCCAAAUAUUCCGAAUAUAAUCGGAUUAGAAGCCCAAUCGGAAUGAAAAUGCUCCAUAUAAACACCUCAUUCGGAAUAAACAGGCCCAUUCCGAAUGGAAUUUCAUUCCGAUUCACAGGGGUAGAAUAUUCCUUUUCCCAUUCCGAUUAAAAGCAAAAUCCUGUCAUGUAAACGGUGAAUCGGAAAGUUGUCAGGCUGGGUUCUGUCUGCGCAUCUCUGUCCUGAUGUAAACAAGCAGUGACGUAUGACUCACAUGGAAACAUGAUGGCGGCUUCCAAGCAGAGCACGAUGCACUGGUCUGCGUCGGAGAUCACGUGAUCAAUCAAUCACGUGAUGUUUGAAGGUAUCACGUGUCUGUAAAUAGCUGUUCCGAUUGAAUGCCGUGGCACAUGUAAACACCAGAUCAGAAUAGAUCGCUGCCAUGUAAACAGUUCGCCUGGGAGCUUCAAUCGGAAUGAUUAUAAGCCGAAUGAGAAAAAAGUCUGCAUGUAAACGUGGCUAGUGAGACACACAAGGUAAAAUACAAGAGGUAACGAGGGUGAUGGGAAACAGGUGAGGAGACACAAUCAGGCAGCAGGUGUGACGAGACAGGGACAAAUUUAGAAGAUAGAAACAAGAGUUAGAGAACUACAAAAUAAAACAGGAAAUACAUGAAACAAAAUAUUAAUGUGCAGAAAAAUAAAAGGGAAACUAACCAACAUGACACACUGUAGAUGAUCGAAUAAUCAAUUUAUUUGUAAUUUUACAUUAUUGUGGAAACUAAAACUAUUUCCUCACACAGUCUCUCACAGAGGAGUGAAUCAUUUUCCAUCUUAAGUCUCUGGAAAGACUUUUUCAUACCUGCUGAAACUCAAUGUGAAGUGUAAUAUUGCUAUUUUGAUUUUACCCUGAUCUACGUUUACAUAUUUUUUGGUUCUUUUGAGACUUCAGUUCCCAAAAUCCUUUGUUGGAAGCUGGUUAUAUAAUCUCGUCCUGUAAGAGAAUAAGUUGCUGCCCACUUGAACCUCGUCACUCUGAGGGCUGUGAGUGGAAGUGUGGAGGAAAACUCACAGAAAAACUUCAAUCAUAAAGAUCCCUGACUGACUCCUGGUGUUAAAUUAAACAAAAGCAGCCCGUCGAUUUCUCUUAGUUUUGUUAAAAUAACUGACUCCUCGUCUCAGAUGAUUCCCGUCUCUGACGUCAUGAUGAAGAGGUUCUGCUCGAACUGUCUCAUGAUGCUCAGUCCUCAGUUUCUGGAGUUUUUCCAGCGUCAUUGUUUUUGUCCCCUGACAAACUCUCUGAGGCUGUUCUUUGUGAAGCUGAUAGAUAAGAAGCCAGUUUUUCACGCUAACACUGUGGGGACUUAAAACAUUUAUACAGACAUGAUUUCAGGCUUUUACAUGUCCUAAAAACUCCUGCUCACUAAAGAGGGAAUUUGUGGGCACUGUUAUUUUUAGUGGUGGAGUAAACCAGAUUUGAUGUCCUAUCUUUGGUUGCAGUGGAGCUUUAAAACACGAUCAAUAAAGUCUAUCUAUCUAUCUAUCUAUCUAUCUAUCUAUCUAUCUAUCUAUCUAUCUAUCUAUCUAUCUAUCUAUCUAUCUAUCUAUCUAUCUAUCUAUCUAUCUAUCUAUCUAUCUAAAACUACUCUUUAUAUAACAAGCAGCAUCAAUAAAGUGAUUUUUGACUGUAGUUGGAGUUGAUUUUUGUUGCAUAAUUUAUUAGCUCCCUAUUUUCUUCAGUUUUAUGAAGUUUUCUUAUGUCAUGGUUUGUGUGAAUACUGCUUUGUGAUUGGUUCGUUCUCCCUCUCUUUCAGUGACCACAGGAGCAGCACACCUGGUGCUCUCUAGGCAUCGAGCUCCUGCUGAGGACACAGGUGAGGCAGAUCUCAAUCAGACGGUUAACAGAGGCGCGAGCUGUCCCAUCCAUUAA